GCAACGCCCUCCUGCCUCACUUCCGCGGGAAGUGAGCACGUGCUGCCAGAGGAGCGCCGUUCUGCGGCGCACAGCCCGUGGAGAUGAACCCGUUAACCACGGUGAGACUGAUUAGCAAGCUGAAUGAGUGGGAGGCUGAAACAAGCGUCCCAGCUAAGGCAUCAUGGCACUCUGUGUACAAGGACAGUGCCUGGAUCUUUGUGGGAGGGCUUCCGUGUGAACUGACCGAGGGAGAUAUCCUGUGUGUAUUCUCCCAGUACGGGGAGAUUGUCAACAUUAAUCUCGUGCGGGAUAGGAAGUCAGGAAAGUCAAAAGGAUUCUGUUUUAUCUGCUAUGAAAAUCAGAGGAGUACAAUUUUGGCUGUCGACAAUUUUAAUGGAAUUAAGAUCAGGGGAAGAACCAUCCGAGUCGACCAUGUAUCUAACUAUCGCCCCCCUCCGGUCUUGGAGGAUGUGGAUGGCGCCACCGAAGAGCUCUGGGAGCAGGGCUGUGGGGCGCAGACCCCAUCGAGUUCAUCUGAAAGUUGCGAUGACGAAGCACUUUACCAACAGCAAAGACGAGGAAAACGGAGCAGAAAUAAGAUCAAAGGGAAGGCUGUACGAGUUAAAGACGAGCAGGGACCGACAGAGCUGCCAUCUUCCCGAGGCCAAAUUAAAAGGAAGGAUACACUUCCUAAACAUACCAAGGUGAGGUUAGACUCGAGAGAGGGCCAGAAGCCCUAACCUAACAGCUCUGAUGCCAGGAAAGCUGCUGCAGGGGACAGUUUCCAGCAGGGCACAGAGGGAUCUGGAGAGGGUACUGAGGAAAGAGAAUCCAGGGUCUGAGCCUGGCCCUUUAUCAGAGGCGGGAGGGAGAAAGAGGCAGAAAGCUCAAAGAGGGACAGAAGUUGAAGCUCAAAGAUGUUUUAGGUGAUGGGAGGUGCAGCUAUGCACAUUUUCCAAGUCAGUGAUGGCAGGCUGGACCAAGGCUGCUCAAAUCCUCAUAUUUUCAAAUCAAGUGUAGUAUUUAAAAUGCUAUGGGCCGGAACUCGUUACUAAUUAGAUGAUUUCUGUAAAUAAAGUAUCUGGGGCAGAAUUUUCUUAAAGUCUGAAAUUUUUUUUCUACAGUCAUUCAAAAUUUUGCAAUAGUUGAAAUGACAUUAUCCUGCCUAAAUAUUACCAUUUUCUAUGUGACGGGAUUUGCAAAAGUUUAGAAGCACUGAACUAGAUGAUCUCUAUAGUCAUUAUACUUCUAAGCUUCUCAGGCUAUGCUGGGAGAAUUUCAUCCAGUAUGGAGGGGACUUGCUGCUAUCUUACAAUAUUUCCAGUAAGUAAUAAAAAAUAUUUAAAAUAUUUAGGUUCCUUCUGUAUGAUUUUAUGUUUCAGUAGUAAUAGAAGUUUUUAUUUUUUUUUAACUUUUUGUAACAACUAACUGUUAAUGAUAAAAGGCAAAGGGUAUUCUUAUGGAAAGUAGUAUCAGUAGAGGAUUGGAAACUAAUCAUAGGGGAUUGGAAAGAGUAUUUCUGAUGGCACAUUCUUGCUGCUCUUCUUUACUUUAUAUAUAUGUGUGUGUGUGUGUGUGUGU